UGGGUAAAGUGUCAACAAGCUCGGCCGACGUCAGUUUGUUUUCGUCAGCCGUCAAUAUUAUGCCCGAGGACGUUAAACGUUUAGAAGAAUCGGACUUUUUCAACCGUCUCAAGUGAAAGUCGGGGCAAUUACGACCGUGUCUUAACGAUGUCACUCAGAAACUAAUCGUACCGAAAAGUAAUUAACCUCCAAAGGUAAACGAACCCUUGUACGCUCAUAACUAAAAAAAAAAAAUCAAACAAACAAGAAACGCGUAACAAACACAACCAACAAUGUUCGUAUACCUGAGUAAGAAAAUAGCUAUACCGAACAACUUCCGAUUGAACUGCAUGGCCUGGAACCAGCAACAAGGCUUUAUCGCCGUGGGUGGCGAAGAUGGCCUCCUGAAGGUCCUGAGGGUAGAUUCAAGCACCGGAGGCCCGACAUCGUCCACCUCGAAGAACUUGGGCUUGGCGGCGGCGAGCAAUCUGAGUAUGAACCAGACGCUUGAAGGCCACAAUGGUCAUGUCCAGGUCGUGAUAUGGAACGAGGAGCACCAGAAGCUGACGUCGAGUGACCAGCACGGCGUAAUAAUAGUCUGGAUGCUGUACAAGGGUUCGUGGUACGAGGAGAUGAUAAAUAACCGCAACAAGUCGGUGGUGAAGGGAAUGGCGUGGAGCUCGGACGGUCAGAAGAUCUGCAUCGUUUACGAGGAUGGAGCCGUGAUCGUCGGAUCCGUCGACGGCAAUCGAAUCUGGGGCAAGGAAUUGAAAAACACGCUCUUGACGGGAGUCCAAUGGUCUCCCGACGGAAAGCUGCUGCUCUUUAGCGUGAAGAACGGUGAAGUCCACCUCUACGACAACCAGGGUAUAUUCCUGAUGAAGCUUAACAUGGUUCCGCUGAGUGUCACCAAGCCGCAAAGUGUCGUGGCGCUGGACUGGUACGACGGAAAAAACGGCCUCGUCGCGACUGACGCGCCCUCUCUGAUCGUCUGCUACCAAAGUGGGAAGAUUCAGCUGAUGCGAGGCGAGAACGACGACCGACCGGCACUCCUUGACACUGGAAUGACCGUCGCUUGGUGCUGUUGGAACCACUGUGGCUCGCUCUUCGCCGUCGCCGGAAUGAUGCCGACGCUAGUCGGUGGGGAGACCAGGGAGUCGAAUUUCGUCCAAUUUUACACGCCAUUUGGGGAGCUAGUCAGGACGCUGAAGGUACCAGGAAGAGAAGUAACCUCCUGCGCUUGGGAGGGCGGCUCGCUGAGACUCGCGCUCUCGGUCGACUCGCACAUCUACUUCGCGAACAUCAGACUGGACUACAAGUGGACCUACUUUGGGGGGACCGUGGUAUUUUCCAGCGAGAAGCUGACCCGGGACGGGAUAUGUGUCACCUUCUGGAACGCCGAAGGAAAUUUGACGUACACUAAACACGUCAGGGCUUUGAUAUCGGUCGCGUCGUUCGGUGAGCACUGCGUACUUGCCGUGAAGAACGACUCCGGGCAGGUGAGCGAGCCCUACGCGCUUCUGGUCUGCAAUACGAUCGCUACUCCGAUCGACGUCAAGCACCUGCAUACGGAGCCGUUGUGGGUGGCAAUGACCGGAAACGUAGUGAUAGUUGCUUCACGGGACAAUUUUACGCUCUGGAGUUUCAGAAUGCCCAGAAACUCGGCGUUGAAUUCUGGGCGGACCAGAAGAGAUCGAACUUAUCACAUCGACGACACUCCUACGGGGGUUACGGAGGUCAUUCAGGAUCUGGACAGAGACAGAGCCUUCGAAGCUCCGCUGAACACAAAGCCGACUCUGGACCCAAUCUGCUGUAUGGUUGCGACGGAGAAAGUUUUGCUUCUAGGAAGAGAAUCGGGGAUGAUUCAGCGGUACUCGCUGCCCCAGGUAACGCUGACAAACCGAUACGCGACUGCCUCGAAGCCCUGCAAGCUCGCCGUGAAUUCCAACUCCACGAGAGCUUCGAUCAUUGAUACAGUCGGGAUCCUAACGAUGCUGGAUCUAGAGCCAGCUAAAAAUGGUACCGGUGACGAGGAAGACGUUAGAAAGUUCGAGCGCAAGGAUGUCUGGGCGAUGUGCUGGGCUCAGGAUAACCCCUCGCUGCUUGCUAUCAUGGAGAAGACCAGAAUGUACGUUUUAAGGGGACUUGAUCCCGAGGAGCCAAUAUCCUGCUCGGGGUACAUAUGCAGCUUCCAGGAUCUGGAGAUACGCUGUGUUCUCUUGGACGAGCUAAUGCAGAAGCCUGAAGAAACGCGACGCGAAUUGAUCGUUGAUUUGGAAGUCAAGUCGCUGCGUGACACCAGGGAACUACUUUCCAAGGUCGGUCUCAAGGAGGCGAACAGCUUCAUUCAGGACAAUCCGCACCCCAGACUCUGGCGCCUUCUCGCCGAAUCAGCGCUAAAGUAUUUGGACCUCGAGACGGCUGAGAACGCGAUGGUGCGCUGCGCCGAUUACCUUGGAAUUCAAUUCAUAAAAAGACUACGAAACGUGCACAAUGACCAGCUGAAGAAGGCGGAAGUCGCCGCGUUCCUGGGGGACUAUGACAACGCGGAGAAGCUUUACCUGGACUUGGACCGCAGGGAUUUAGCGAUAACUUUGCGUCAGAAGUUGGGUGAUUAUUUCCGCGUGAUCCAGUUAAUGAAGAUGGGAAUCGGUGGGUCGGACAAGCAGAUGGAGCACGCAUUCAACAAGAUCGGCGACUUCUUUGCCGAGAGACAGAACUGGGAGAGCGCAAGGGAGUAUUACGAGAAGGGCAGCAACACGGAGAGGCUCAUCCAGUGCUACUACAAGCUCGAAGAGUACCACCAACUCGCUGGAACGAUAGAGCAGCUACCGGACAAAAGUCCGCUGCUCAAAACCGUCGGCAAGAUGCUCGCGUCGGUCGGAAUGUGCCCUCAGGCUGUCCUGGCGUACGUAAAGUACGGAGAUGUUAAGCUGGCCGUGGACACCUGUGUGCGUUUGAACCAUUGGGACCAGGCGGUGGAGUUGGCCAAGACGUACAAGAUGGCGCAGAUAGGUGAGCUGCUGAACAAGUAUGCGAGCCAUCUUCUGGGCAAUGGAAAAAUGCUACAGGCUGUGGAACUAUACCGGAAGGCGAACCACCAUCUGGAGGCGGCGAAGCUGCUGUUCGCGCUUGCUGAGGAGCAGGCGAAGCUCAGAACGAAUCCAGUGAGGACGAAGAAGAUCUACGUGUUGGCCGCUCUCCUCGUCGAAGACCACUUGAAAGGCGCACCGGCGGCGAAGGCGGGCCGAAGUAACGUUGUCAUGGGACUCACAGAGAGCAACGAGGACACCAAGGUCAUUGAGAGGGCCUGGCGAGGCGCCGAAGCCUUCCACUUUCUGCUCCUGGCCCACAGGCAGCUUUACGACGGACAGCCAGACGCCGCAAUGAAGACCUCGUUGCGGCUCAGAGAGUACGAGGACGUCAUUGACGCCGAAGACAUUUACUGCCUCCUGGCGCUCUCGAGCUGCAUUAAUCGCGCCUUCGCCGCGUGUUCGAAGGCCUUCAUAAGGCUCGAGGCUAUGGAAAAGAUCGGCCACGCGAAGAGGGAGGAUUACGAGGAACUCGCGUUGGCCAUUUUCACUAAGUACAGUCCAAAAGACUCGCGGAACGCCAAGUCGGAGUGCGUCAAUUGCGAGACUCUCGUUCCUGACUGGUGCGUCGCUUGUCCAAACUGCGCGACGAGAUUUCCAGGUUGCGUUAUAUCUGGAAAACCUCUGAUGGAUCUCGCCAAUGCCUGGGUCUGCAGCGUGUGCCGGCAUCAUGCCGCCACUGAACGCGACAUCAUCAAUGUCAACGCUUGCCCGCUUUGUCACAGUGUUAUUACUUAUAUGUAGAGCGUAGUACGUUAUUUGAUCGCGAUUUAUUGCGUAGUCUUAGGUUUAUAUUCAAUCUUGCCAUUGAGGAGGUUUGUUGGCCAAAAAUUGAUGAUUUUCACCAAAUUUGUAACGAGAUAGUCGCACAUUGUGUAUUGGUCGGGUUAUUUCAUUCGUAUGCUGCAAAGAUCUUUAAGGAGAGCUUCCGAUGACAUUACCAAGUUCGCAAUCUUCAAUAGAAUUACAUGCGCAUAAGUCUAUUUGAUUUAGGCCCUUAAAAACCACGAAUAAUCAUUUAAUAACCGCAAAAAUGUUUCUGGUAACGCAUGUUUUGGUCUUUGUUAGGUUCUAGACUACUUACUCUUAUUUAUUUUGAGUAAGAAAUGUCGGGCUGUCACAUAGACUUGUUUUAGGAUUCUUGGCAUCCAUACGAAGAAUGCCUAGGAUCGUUUUUAUUUUAUUAUGGCCCCAAAUCUGAAAGACAAAAUUAAUACCCACACUUUACACUUUCUCUUCAGUUUCUUUUUUAUUUCCAUGAAACCAAGUAUUCAUAACUUCUUCCUAUUUUUCGUCGUAUUCCAUGAACUAUACGAAGAAUACCUAACAUUGGUAAAUUUUUUUCGAAUCCUAUUUCCAGAACAUGAGUUUUAAUUUGUUUUUUCAGAUUUGAGGGCAUGAAAAAGUAGAAGCGAUUUUGUGAAUUCUUUUAUGGGUGCUAGGCAUCCUAAAAAAAUCAAUGUGACAGUUCAACAUCUUGAUCAGAAAAAUAAAAAAAUGAAAAUUAGAGCGAGAAGUAUGGAACCUAUCAAAGACCAGAAUACGUAUCACCAAAAACAUUUUUUCGGUUUCGAGAUGGUUGUUCGUGGUUUUUGAGGUCCAAAACAAGUAGCCCAAUGGGCAUUUAGCUCUAUUGAAAAAUACCCGACUUAGGAUUUGAUAGGAUAGGACUUAGCAAUUGCAUUGGAGGCUUCGCUUAAAACUAUGAAGAUCGAAAAUAAUGGGCUUAUGUGAACCAAGCUUGGAUAUCAUUGGUACCUUUCGAGUCGCUUUAAAGUUGUAAACAAUCUAAUGGGUAGAUUCAUUCGAUUUUACUUCUAUGUUAAACAGCUCACUUUAUUCAGGGGACUUUGUUCCGCAAAAUUACUCAAACAGAUUUUCUUUCUUUAUAAAAAUGUGCAUAUUGACAUCGGCCGAAAGAGUUAUUAUUGAAGAACAAGUUUUUGAUUAUAGCUUUCUUGAGAGAUUCAAUUGAUUCUGUUAUACCGAUGAUUUAUACCCUUCGACGAUACAAAGUUGAAGUUGAUAACGCUACGAUAACGGAUCAUUGAGAAAUAUUAGCUGUAAAAUGCGUUUCAGAUAAUUAUGUUGCCAGAUAUCAAUUCUUCUGAAAAACUCACCGUUGCAUUAGAAUUCAAUUCUUGUACAUCUGAUUUUUCUGUGAUAUAUCCGAAUAUACAGUUAGCUAAAAGUAAAGCGUUAUAACUUUUAAGUUGGAAUAACUUGAGAAACAGAAAUUUAUUAGUUCCGGAAUCUAAUCAAAAAAUAAUGAGGCCUACAAUUCACUCGGACAUAGUUAUUUAGCUCAUUUACAAAGCAAUGAUAAAUUGGGACUCGCGCAUAUCAACGGUUUUCAAUAUGCUCUUAACUUAAUCAUAUGUGUACUAAAAGCCUUAGAAAUGGGUAAAUCAAAUGAGUUGGAUUCAUUUUUUUGAAACAGCUAUUCGUUAAGAAAUCAUUUCAAGUAGAAGACUGAUUAAAAACUUAACUACAAAUCUUAUAUGUUGGAAUUAUGAAGUGAAUUUGUAACAAAACAAAAAGAGCUAUCUUAACGUGACAAAUUAUCUGAAAUUUGUUCCUCAGUACAUUUGUAACAAAACCGAUUCUUGGGUCUCGGCUUCUGAUAAGUUAUAUUAUAUAUCGAGACGGACAAUUAAUUUUUCUUGACGUAGUUAAGAGCAAUAAGAACAGAUCUGAAUUUUGUACAAAACGAAGUAUUUUUCAUAGUGAUCUGAAAUCAAU